AUGCCAGACUUUGACCUCGGGGAGUCCAUCCCCCCCGAUACAGCUCAUGCUGUGAGCGUCUCGCUCCCAACAUGGAGAUCAAACGUGGGCUAUGAAGAGGGCGAGGACUGGGUUGUUAACCGCAUGGCAACCGGCUAUCCUCGUUUUUUCAUACACAAGAGUAUCCAAAUUCUAGCCAGUGAUAUCGUGGCGAGGUUUGGUCCCAAGGACGCCAGGGCCCUUCUUUUCCCAACGCGCAAAACCGCUGCGCGUUGUGUGGAAUUUGUCAAGAGGCUCGCUCCUCCAGCAGUUUCGGCCGCGCUCGAGACGGUCCACCUGGUCCUUGACAGGACAAAGCCGGGCACAGAAGCAUUAGCGCCCUUAUCCCCCGCCAUCUCGGCCGUCAUUUUCCCGCAGGACGCCUAUCCGUUUGUGAAACAGUAUUGGCAACACACCGGCGACGGCGCGUCCAGCCGCAGGGCUGAGUUCUGCCAUGGCCUGCUGAAGGAGGGCCUCCUGCGCUUGGAUGACGACGACGGGGCGUCCAGGGGCUCUGUCCCCGCGAGCCCCGUCAGUCCCGCUGUCCCAUCGAGCCCAAAACCGUGUAGGGGCCCAAGACGCUACCAGCGGCCAGCGUCCUUUGACAUGCCCAAGGCGCCGGCGACUCCACCCUCGCCGCCACCACAAAACAACAGCUCUGACCGGGACUCGGGCAUCGGGCCCGACAUCCAGGAGACGUCGCGCUUCCUAGAGGAGCGCUUCGGCAGGAACCUGGACGUGUCGUUCGUCGAGCCCGCCAGAUCGGCUAUCAAGAGGCGCAUCGCUGGCGCCCUGCGCAGUGACCGCGAGCUCUCCAUGACGCCCCUGCCCGAGAGGGAAAUGGAGUCCAACACGCGCGGCAUCGCCAACCUCCGCGAGGACGAUGUCUACCUCUUCUCAUGCGGCAUGAACGCAAUCUUCAACGCACACCGCGCCCUGCUCGGCGCCCGCGGCGGCCAUCUGAAGAGCAUCAACUUUGGCUUUCCCUACGUCGACACGCUCAAGAUUCUCGAAAAGUUUGGUCCCGGCUGCGUCUUUUACGGCCACGCGUCGGAAGCUGACUUGGACGAUCUGGAGCGGCGCCUGCAAGGAGGCGAGCGGUUCCUAGCCUUGUUCUGCGAGUUUCCCGGUAAUCCGCUGCUGACGUGCCCCAACCUGGUGCGCAUCCGGCAGCUAGCCGACGCCUACGACUUCGCUGUGGUGGUGGACGAGACGAUCGGCACUUUUGCCAACAUCAACGUGCUGCCUUAUGCCGACGUGGUGGCGUCGAGCCUGACCAAGAUCUUCUCGGGCGACUGCAAUGUCAUGGGCGGCAGCGCCGUGCUCAACCCCAACGGGCGCUACUACCGCGCGCUCAAGGACUUUGCGCGCGCUGAGUUCGAGGAGAAGGAUUCCUACUGGCCCGAGGACGUCAUGUUCAUGGAGCGCAACAGCCGUGAUUUUGCGUCGAGAAUCGACAGGAUCAAUUCCAACGCCGAAGCCAUCUGCGAGGCGCUCCGCCAGAGCCCACUGAUCAAGAGCAUCUUUUACCCAAAGUUCAACGAGUCGAGGGCCAACUACGAGGCGUGCAAGGUGCCCGGCGCCGGAUACGGGGGGUUGAUCUCCGUCGUCUUCCACCGCUGCGAGCACGCCAUGGCCUUUUACGACGUCCUCAACACGGCCAAGGGUCCCAGCCUGGGCACAAACUUCACUCUCACCUCCCCCUACGUGCUGCUGGCGCAUUAUCAGGAACUCGACUGGGCCGAGGGUUUCGGCGUCGACCGCGACUUGAUCCGCAUCAGCGUCGGCUUGGAGGCGACGGAGCAUCUGGUCAGUGUGUUCAAGGCGGCGCUCGACGCAGCGGGGAAAAGCAGUAACGGGCAGCUAGAGUAG